AAAAUGAAAAAAGAUACGGACAACAUCUGCUUAGCUUUAUCAUUCCAUUUUGACAUUCUGAUGUUCCUUUGAUGGUGGAUUUUGAUUUAUUCGGGAGUUAAAUUAACUUUAGCUAGAACACUACAUUGACAAGAACUAUGAUUUAUCAAGGACUGGUUGCUUUAUUUAUGUUGCUAGCCACAACAGAAAUUGCUGCACGGCCUUCUGAAAAGGAAAGGGAUAUUGAAGUGCGUGACAGGAAGUCAUUGGGUUCUGGAGAUUAUAGUAUGUUACGAUAUGUUGUUGAAAAAUUGUUCUCCUUAAAGUCAAUUGUGGAAGGACUGGAGAAACGCACAAAAGGAAUGACUCGUGCCAUGAACUCCCAAAGAAAACAGAUUGAGUCGCUAAGAAACCGGAAAGAAACAAGGUGCGAAACAGGCAUGGUUAGUCAACACCACAUGAAAGCCAAAUGGCCGUACACUCAAGAAGUCAAAUUUAAGAAAACUUUCCUUGAAGUACCAGCCGUCACCUAUGGAUUAACUGCCUUAGAUGCGGGAGUGAUAAAAAACAUACGAAUCCAAGUAUAUAUACAAAAUCUAACCACCAAAGGCCUUCGUUUCGUACUCCGUUCUUGGGCAGACACGACCUUGUACGGAGCUACAAUUAGGUGGAUGGCCUGUGCUCCGAGUGCAUAAAUUCUGUUAAAUGUCACGUGAAUCACAGAACGUGUACACACCAGCAUGUCAAGUAAAUUUGGUAUGCACUAUC